AUGAGCAACAGCGAUCUGGUGGCUCAGUUUCUGAACAGUCCAGAUGCGUUUGAACACAUCUCGGAGUUGCGGCAGAAACUUCAACGUGAAAAAAAUGUUAUAGACAGCCAGUUGCAGGCCGGCGUGGUUGCUCAGGUGAAGCAGCUCACCGCCGGCAUGGCUACAUUGGGACAAGCCCGAGAACGCAUUGAUGCCGUGCAAACGGGAAUGCGCCAACUAUACAGCCAGCACACUGACUCGGUGCGAUCGGUACGUGAUUUUUCCAAGAUCCAACAGCUGUCCACGGUAGCCGCGAACUUUGACCUCGCCCAAAAGUUUGUGGAUAAUUUCCAGACCUUGAAGCGCGACAUUGACUAUAUCAAGUCUCUCAUGGAUGCCGAUGGUGAAUUCGACAUUGAAAGCCGUAUGCCUAACCUUCUGCCGGCCCAUUAUGCCUUGAGUCAGUUGCGCCAGGUUCAGGAACAGGCCCUCAAGUACGCCGAGCACUCUUCAAUGGACGUUCGUCAAACGAUCCGAAGGCAUUUUGCCCCUCUGGAUCAGCUCGUUGAGCGUUUCGAUAAUGUGGUGUUUGAUAUCGCCUCUUGUUUACUGGAGAUUCUGGCCACUGGCGACCGAUCCCUGGUGGUCAGAGUCGCUAAAAUUAUAGACUACGAGGAGCGACAGGACUUGCUAUUCGAUGUGGCUCAGCAAAUGAAAACACCCAAACGUAUGGCUGGGCUGAGAUCGUCUGCAUCUCUCAAACUGAAACCUGGCCAGCUUGUGCUCAACCACAAGCCACGGCAUUACACCGAACGGUUUUUCAGAGCCAUUGAGGCCUCUGUCAAAGAGAUCUUUACCAACUGCAUGACGCAAUUCUCUCCUGAAACUGAGCCCGAAGAGUUACUUGAGAACCUCGAUUGGAUUUACAGCGACUUGCUCAAGGCCAAAACCCUGCUUGUUCAGUGCGUGCCCGAACGAUGGGCUAUUCUGGACAAAUUUGUUGAAUUCUAUCACCAAGGAACUCACAGGUUACUGGAUUCAAUCAUGCGGUUCGAACCGGCCGCCCAGACUCUGCUUUUGCUGUUACAGUUUUCAAAGGAACACUACAAACACAUGGAGACACUGCUGAGUAUCCCCAAGAAGCAACUGACGCCUCCUCUUUUGGAUGGACGUGAGAAAGACCUCUACGACGAUUAUCUCAAACUUUUGGUGUCCAAAUUGGACGAAUGGUACAGUACAAUUUCUGUCACAGAAAAAAGGCCGUUUGUUACUCGCUCAGUUCCUCCCGAAAAGCACAGCGACAACACUCUGGGCUUGGAUGGUCAUACCACCAUGUUCAAACUCGUGUCACAGCAACUUGAAGUCGCAGCAGACAGUGGCCAGGGUAGGAUUGUUGCCGGCUGUGUUGAUGCAUGCUGUGAAGUACUCAAGAAGCGUGAGAACGAGUGGAUCCAAACCGUUCAAAGCGAGGUGCAAAGAGAAAUCAGUGUGACUGAUCCCGACAGUGAAGAGGUUCCGCGAGGACUGUACGAGUACAUUAUUGCUUUGGCCAACGAUCAAAGUCGGGCCCAUGACGAUUUGGAAGAGCUCAGCAACAAGUGGUCUGCGCCGCUAAGUCGUAAAUACGCCGGUUCUGUCCGUGCCAAGUUUGCCGAAGCUCAAGCCGGGUACUUUGAGGUCACAAAGGCGUGCAUCAAAGGAAUGCUUCGCAUCAUUUUCAACGAUACCAAGCCAGCGUUUGAGAAACUGUUCCGGUCUUCGAAAUGGUACAAAGGUGUCAUCAUUGGCCAGAUCGUUGCCACGCUGGGCGAGUUCAUGGACGAUGCUCAAGAGCUCAUGAUUCCAGAGCUGUUUGACAUUUUCACUCUGCAGCUUUGUCGCGAGGUCACCCUUGAGUAUCUGCGGGCGAUGAUCCCCGCUCAAGGUGAAGUCAAAUCCAACGGCUAUGAGCGGGUGAUUGAAGAUAUUGCCGCUCUUUACGAGCUCUUCAGCAGCGAGAGAUACGAAAUGGACACAGAAGAAAUCCAGCAGGUCUUCAAAGUGCUCGAAUGUUUGUGUGACACUCUCCAAACCGACUUGCCCAACAUGUCCGACCGCUUCUUGCAGCUGCGCGAGUACUUCUGGGAUGCGCCCCUUGAUUUGUUCGAGCUCAUGAUGGGUCUUUCAAAGGCCCAUGGCAAAAAGCAGCUCAGAGAAACUAUUGCCAAAGUCCGCUUGGUCGCUGUGCAAACCCAAGUCGACACAAAAGGCAGCGACGACGAGCCGCGCCAACCAACAUUUUUGCAGAACUUCCGAAAAGUCUAA